CGCCGACCGUCUGACUCACACAGACAGGGCAGGGGUGAGAGGCAGUACUCUGCGCUGUAGUUACGUGGAACUGCACAUCGCUGGGAAAUCUACAACACACAUCUUUUUCCAACUUUUUGCGCAUAUAAUGUGAGGAAAAUGGCCGAGACAAGCGGUGACUGGGUGGAGAUCUUGGAGCCGCGCUCGCAGGAGCGCAUGUACGUGAACCUGGCAUCGGGGGAGUGUGGUUGGGAGCCCCCAGCAGGCGCCUCCGUGCGCCAGUCCGAUGGCAGCCAGUGGUGGGAGCUGUUUGACAGUCACAACAACCGCUUCUACUACUACAACAGUGCCAGCCAGCAGACGGUGUGGCACCGGCCCCAGGCCUGCGACAUCGUGCCCCUGGCCCAGCUACAGGCCAUGAAGAGGAGCUCAGAGACGGGCCUGAACGGCCCCAUCAAGCCCCAGAGAGGGGGAGGAGAGGGCCGCCGCACACCCCUACUUAACCAGGCCUACCCCAUGCCCCCCUCCCAGGACCCUGACAGCAGCGGGAGGUCGACCCCGUCUAAAGGGCUCUGUGACAGCCUGGAGAACAGGAAAGAUACCCCCAGGGACACAGGUCAAAGAUGGCAGCCUGCUCCAGGGUCGAAGGCAGCCAUGUUAGUGAAGGUGAACAGCAUUGGCAGGAACCAGUCUGUGGUGCCCGCUAGCGCCCUGCACCUCCUCCACCACAACAACAUCAGCCCUGGAAGCCCUGCUGUGUACCAGGUCCACUCCGACAGACCCAGCCCUGCAGGCAAGAUGGCUGCCCCCGUGGACCCCAAGCAAGCCAUCCACCUGAAGAAGAGAGACAAUAGUAACUUCUGCCUGGUGAUGCCCUCCACUGGCAGCAAGGUCUAUCAGACCCCCCAGAGGUCUCAGGCUUGCACCCCCAGGCCCUCCUCGCCCCAGUACGGUGCCACUCCUCCCAUCUAUGAUGAACCCCCCAUGGAUCCACCUAUCUAUGAUGAACCCCCCAUGGAGGUGGAGGGGGCCCACCUCCUGAACAGGCCCUUCACACCCUCCACCAGCCUACAGAGGGUCCGCCAGCCCCAAUCCCACCCCCAGAACCAACCCCAGCAGCAGCCCAAGCUUCUCCAAUACCCAGCCUCUCACCUGAGCUCCAAACACAAGAGAAACCCCUCCGCCACGGAUUACAGCCCCGCUGGACGGGAGUGCAUCAAACACAUGGUCAACGUGGAACCUGCCACCUGCAAACAGAGCCCCUUAUCCCAUCCUAUCCAGACAGAGCAGGGCCCUGCCUCAGAGCCUGACCUGCCCCCCUCUCCAUCCCCUUCCCCAGCCCCAGGCGCGACCCAGCCCAGGCCCAAGGAGGUGAGUCUAGAGAAGAAGCAGUCGUGGCGUCUCCUGGAGUCCAGCGCGAGGAAGAACAUGGAGGCCCGACACAGCCGACAGAACAGCCUGGCCUCCCAAGAGUACCCGGCGCCGGCGGCCGUCACCUACCAGGACUCAGGCUACUCUACGGGGCCCUCGCCCAGCCUGAGGAGGAAGAACCGCAGGAGAGCCCUGGGCGGAGGGGCUGGGGGUGCAGUGCAGGGCCGGCCAGGCUCGGUGGGCAGCACUGGGGAGCUCAGUGCCCUGAAUGAGAAGCUGAUGGCAGAGAUGCGGGCAGUGGUGAGUCGCUCAAACACCCUGCGUGGCAGCAAGGCCAGCCUGGACACAGAGAUGUCUGAGGGAUCUGUACCACGGGCCCGUUCCCCCUUGAACUCCCUAAAGAAGCACGGGGGCCGCAGCGCCUCUCGGGAGGACAUCAGUGCCAGUAACCGCUCUCUGUACCGGGCCGGGAGCGGGAGUAACCACGGCGACGUGCCCCUCUCGCCCCUGGUGUCAGACGGCAUGGUGCGUCAGAAACGGACCUAUGAGAAGGUGGACACUCUGGAGAAAAGCAUCACCAGCCAGAACAGCCUGUCCUCCCCAGAGCCCCCCGUGUCCCCCUCCCAGGCAGGAACACUGGAAUCCAAGGCCCAGUCGGAGUCCUCAUCACACGGGGGAGGUGAUGGUCACGGGGGCACCCGGGGAUCCCCCCAUAGAGUUAUCGUGACUGGAGACAGAGGAGAAGGUGGGGGAGGUGGAAAAGGAGGUGUGGGUUACCAGUACCCUUACACCACCCUCUGCAAACCUCCUCCAGACGCCAACAUGGUGGACUGGGCCAGUAAGAACCUGAACCAGCACACUCAGGGCCUGUUCCGCCGCCGCGUCUCCAUCGCCAACAUGCUCUCCUGGAACAGGGGCUCCAUUAAGAAGCCCAUGCUGAUCACCAGCGACCGCACAAUCAAGAAGGAAGCCUGUGAGAUGUUCAAACUAGCCCAGGCCUACAUGGGGGACCGCCCAGCCCGGCUGGAGCGCCGUCACGCUGCCCUGCUGGUGGUCACUAAGUGCUGGGGCAUGCAGGGCCUGAGGGACGAGUUGUACGUCCAGCUGGUCAGACAGACCACUGACAACCUGAACCUGAGGAGCCUGGAGGCCGGCUGGGAACUCAUGGCCAUCAGCCUGGCCUUCUUCUCCCCCUCGCCCAAGUUCAGACGCUACCUGGAGGGGUACAUUCAGAGACAUCUGGAGCCCUCCAACGACAAGAAGAUCAUGCAGCACAUUAUGGAACAACAGGACAUGAAGAACAAGAAGAAUUCAAAGUCCCGGAAGAAGAGGAAGCAGAACAAUGAGGAGGAAGAAGAGGAGGGCCUGCCAAUCAGCACUUAUGCCAAGUACUGCUAUCGCAAGCUGCAGAAGGUCGCCGUCACUGGGGUCAAAAAGGGUCUAAGGAAGCCCACCCUGGAGGAGUUAGACCAGGGGAGAAAAGCCAUUGUGACCCCCUCCCUGUUCGGCAGUGCCCUGGAGGAGAUAAUGGAGCGUCAGAGUGAGCGGUUCCCGGAGCGCAGGCUCCCCUGGGUGCAGGUGCAGCUGUCCCAGUACGUCCUGGCCCUGGGAGGGGCCCAGACAGAGGGAAUCUUCAGGGUGCCUGGAGAUAUUGACGAGGUGAAUGCACUGAAGCUGCAGGUGGAUCAGUGGAAUAUUCCAGAAAACCUUGGCGAUCCCAACGUCCCAGCGUCUCUGCUGAAGCUGUGGUACAGGGAGCUGGAGGAGCCAGUCAUCCCUCAGAGCUUCUAUAAGCAGUGCAUCAGUAACUAUGAGGAUCCAGAGGCAGCGAUCAGCGUGGUGCAGUCUCUGCCUGAGCUAAGCAGGCUGGUGCUCUGCUACUUUAUACACUUCUUACAGGUGUUUGCCCAGCCCGUCAAUGUGAGUAAGACCAAGAUGGACGUGAACAACCUGGCCAUGGUGAUGGCUCCCAACUGUCUCCGCUGCCAGUCGGAUGACCCGCGCAUCAUCUUUGAGAACACACGGAAAGAGAUGUCCUUCUUACGCAUGCUCAUUGUUCACCUGGACACCAGCUUUGUCAAGGGCAUCAUCUGAGGAGGCCUCCUCUAGACCGCUCACACCACUCUCUACUGCCACCUCACCCACAACAAGCCUGCUGUUCCUUCACACAUGUCACAUCUCAACCUUAGAUUCUCUCUGGUUCACUAACACCACAUUCUGAGGACUACAGACAGUGGACUGCCCAGAAAGUGACUGGAUAUCAAGACAGAUUUCCUGCUCUGAAUCAUCUCGUUUGAGACUUUGGGACAAGCUCACAUGUGAUGGUAAUGGGAGACUGUUUAUCAGUUUUAAAGCACACUGCAGGACAUAUUGUACAUGCUAUAUGUAUCUCCCCAUGUUUCUGCUCCAAACACUGGACCGUGCUGGCGUGAGAUUCAGCAUAUGAAGAGCAAUCACAAUAGGAGACUGUGAUGCACAUUAAGCCAGAGUGCAGGGAGAAAUCAAGCCAAAUCUCAUUUGUAAAUAUGGGUUUUUAAAGGAUUUCUUCCUGCUUUGAGUGCCACAUACAUAUCUGACGCUAUGGUCAUGAAUUAUGUCUCGUCAUGUGUUCUGAAAUAACAAAAUGAGGGGAAACCCACUCUGUAUUAUAACCAUUCUCUUUCCUUUAUUGUAUUGGUGUAUUCAAGCAAUGAUUUCCUUCUCAUUCUAACUUAAUUUGGAAUGCUUUUUUGACUAAUUUAAUAUGAAUUAUUUCUGGGUUGCCAGAGCUGCAGGAUGAGUUGACAAAAAGGUUUAAGCUACUCUUGACCUCUCCACUGGCCUCAGAGACAGGUUCACUCUCUAGGUUAAAAAAAACACAUUUAUUUCUGAAUAAAAGUUUCUCUAGCAGGAAAAAUUAUUCCCAAUCAGUAAGGCAUAGAUGUGUGUACAUGUGUUAGAGAUACAGUCUUGGACUAAAAUCAUUAGAAGCAUUUCUUGUAGCACUUUCAGCUGUUUUACUCCAGACAAUUACAGUGGGCUUAUUUCCCAUCCGUUCAGAGAAACACAAUUAUACCUUUGAUGGAGCUUGUAAAAUAGCAAAUUUGAGCUAUUAGCAGGUCAGGGGGAAAAAAUGCAGGAGAAAAUGAGAGCGCUGUCGCUGCCUGUAGCUAAAGCCUCACCCACGCCAACAGUUGUGAAUUUGGCCCCUCCAUAGGGAGGGGCCAUCUGGCAGUGGUUUGAGGGUCUGAGGUACAUUAGUGCCAUAGACUGGGAGGAAAACCAUUAAGACAAAAACACAAGCUGAUUUACUAUUUUUAGACAGUAUUGCCUAACAAGGACUUUCCUAUUCCUCUAAAUCUCGUGGCUCAUGAUGCGAAGAGGGUUUAAAAUCCAUAUUUCAGCUGUCUUAAUGGCCACGCUGUCGCUGUUAUAUUUAGCAGUGUGGUCAGGGUUUGGGUUUUAGCGCCCCACAUGUUUCCUCUGUGUCUACCUCAUCUUAGUGAUGGGGUCUGUGCUGCAAUGCUGUCCGUGUUUGUGCGUGUGUGUGCGUGCGUGUGUUUGUGUGCACGUGUAUGUAUGUUUUUGCACAUCAGUGUGGGUGUUUGUGUAUCGACUGUACAUCCGUGCGUGUGUGUGUGUGGUAUGAGAGAUAGAGAAGCUUGUGUUCAUACAGCACACUCUCCCUAAUUCCUGGAAGCUGGAGCCCCUAAAUUAGAGGGUGUGUUUAGCCAGAAAAAAAUGUAUCUGGAGGCUAGAGGGUUGUUAACCCCUUUUCUGCAGUCACAGCUUUUACAGCGGCCGUGACUCUGUGCCUCCAUUUCUGCUUUACUGUUCAUCUUUUGAAAACACAAACCCCCAGGGUUGAGUACUCCAUAGCCACAUCGGAGGAUAUACCCAGCUUUCCCCUCACCUCCAGCCAGCAGGGGCAGUGCUGAGGUGGGCAGGGUGGAGGAUGGCGGUGCACAGUGCUGGUAGUUCUGGGAGUGCAUCAGGGAUAUACAGUUGAAGUUUACAUACACUUAGGUUGGAGGCAUUAAAACUCAUUUUUCAACCACUCCACACAUUUCUUGUUAACAAACUAUAGUUUUGGCAAGUCUGUUAGGACAUCUACUUUGUGCAUGACACAAGUAAUUUUUCCAACAAUUGUUUACAGACAGAUUAUUUCACUUAUAAUUCACUGUGUCACAAUUCCAGUGGAUCAGAAGUUUACAUACACUAAGUUGACUGUGCCUUUAAACAGCUUGGAAAAUUCCAGAAAUUAUGUCAUGGCUUUAGAAGCAUCUGAUAAGCUAAUUGACAUCAUUUGAGUCAACUGGAAGUGUACCUGUGGAUGUAUUUCAAGGCCUACCUUCAAACUCAGUGCCUCUUUGCUUGACAUCAUUGGAAAAUCAAAAGAAUCAAAAGUCCUCCACAAGUCUGGUUCAUCCUUGAGAGCAAUUUCCAAAUGCCUGAAGGUACCACGUUCAUCUGUACAAACAAUAAUAUGCAAGUAUAAACACCAUGGGACCACGCAUCCGUGAUGCCGCUCAGGAAGGAGACGCGUUCUGUCUCCUAGAGAUGAACGUACUUUGGUGAGAAAAGUGCCAAUCAAUUCCAGAACAACAGCAAAGGACCUUGUGAAGAUGCUGGAGGAAACGGGUACAAAAGUAUCUAUAUCCACAGUAAAACGAGUCCUAUAUCGACAUAAUCUGAAAGGCCGCUCAGCAAGGAAGAAGCCCCUGCUCCAAAACCGCCAUAAAAAAAGCCAGACUACGGUUUGCAACUGCACAUGGGGACAAAGAUCGUACUUUUUGUGGAAAUGUCCUCUGGUCUGAUGAAACAAAAAUAGAACUGUUUGGCCAUAAUGACCAUCGUUAUGUUUGGAGGAAAAAGGGGGGCGCUUGCAAGCCGAAGAACACCAUCCCAACCGUGAAGCACGGGGGUGGCAGCAUCAUGUUGUAGGGGUGCUUUGUUGCAGGAGGGACUGGUGCACUUCACAAAAUAGAUGGCAUCAUGAGGCAGGAAAAUUAUGUGGAUAUAUUGAAGCAACAUCUCAAAACAUCAGUCAGGAAGUUAAAGCUUGGUCGCAAAUGGGUCUUCCAAAUGGACAAUGGCCCCAAGCAUACUUCCAAAGUUGUGGCAAAAUGGCUUAAGGACAACAAAGUCAAGGUAUUGGAGUGGCCAUCAGAAAGCCCAGACCUCAAUCCUAGAGAAGAUUUGUGGGCAGAACUGAAAAAGUGUGUGCGAACAAGGAGGCCUACAAACCUGACUCAGUUACACCAGCUCUGUCAGGUGGAAUGGGCCAAAAUUCACCCAAAUUAUUGUGGUUAGCUUGUGGAAGGCUACCCGAAACGUUUGACCCAAGUUCAACAAUUUCAAGGCAAUGCUACCAAAUACUAAUUGAGUGUAUGUAAACUUAUGACCCACUGGGGAUGUGAUGAAAGAAAUUAUUCAGACAUUUCACAUUCUUAAAAUAAAGUGGUGAUCCUAACUGACCUAAUACAGGGAAUUUUUACUAGGAUUAAAUGUCAGGAAUUGUGAAAAACUGAGUUUAAAUGUAUUUGGCUAAGGUGUAUGUAAAAUUCCGACUUCAACUGUAUGCUUAGCAUGCAGAACAAGGAGGAAGAUGUCAUGGACAGAGCCCAUACUCUUACACACUGAACUCCCAAAGCUCUGGUUUAACUCGUCUCCAUCCUAUGCUCUUCUGUGGAUGAUGGCUGUACGUAUUCAGUUUGAUAUGUAAAUAGCAGUAUGGUCUUUGGUCACUGAAUGUUCAAACCAAUGAGUUAUAACAUGAUUCAACCAUAUUGUUAAAAAAGAUCAACUUAUGUUCCAUUCUACAGUAAUGUCAUUAUUCUCUUCAUUUGACUUAAAUGCUCGUGGUGCAACUCAUCAGUGUCAUUUUUCAAUUUGAUAAAUAGCCUAAUCUUUGACUCAAUCUUUUUUUGUUCUUGGAAUGAGUGUUGAUAGUGGUUGUUGAGAUGAUAGAAUAACUUAGGUGUGUGAUGUUUACACUGUGUAUGGUUACAGUUACAACAUGUGCGCACCUCAUCCAUUGCACUUCUAUCUCUAAUCCCCUGUCCUCACAUGAUGGAUGCUAUUGACUAUUGUUGUAAAUAUGCUUGCAGGUCUUUGGGGUAUGCUGUUUGAAAAACAAUUAAAAACAGCAAUGGUGAUUGUGA